AUGGCUCCAAUUGCUGAUGGAGCAUUCGACUACUUUGUCGAUCGCUACAACUUCGCUAUGCCGGCUAACGAUGCAGAUCAGCCUCCCAUCGAUCCUCCAGUCGAUGCCCAAGGCAAAGACGUCCAACCUCCGCCUCCCCAACCAGAGCCUCACUAUCCCAUCUUCCGCCCGCGCAAAGUCAACCGAUCCCAAUCCCUCUCGCUACCACCGCGCAGACAUCGCGACCCAUUCUUACCUCCGGAACCAUUCUUUCGCCUACGCUACCUAUCCCUCGCUAUACCCACCGAGCUUGAAGCACUGCAUCUAUUCGCAUACAGCAACGACCUGCACCACUUGCGUACUCAUCCUGCGCUCAGACACAAGGCUAAGAAACAACACAGAAACAAGCAUCGACCAAGCACCAUCAUCACCAAGACAAAGACAAAGACGACUCAGAAGCAGACAUCAACGGACGGUCAGACUCAAGAGCAGACCCAGGAACAGACUAAGAAGACGUAUACACUCAAUGCCAAAGCAGCCGCGUGUAAUACGGGCGGAGUUAAGAAGUGUAAGUAUGGCACUUAUCGGGCAUUGGAUCAGGAUGGGGAUGAUAAAGUGGAUAGGGUGUGUAAGUUUCAUAAGAGUAGGAAGGGUGAGGAUAAGAGGGGGGAGGCAUGUCAGUAG